GGCCCCAGGAUGAGUGUGGAAGCCGGCAGCAAGCCCCUCAAGGUGGGCUCCAGGGUUGAGGUGAUCGGGAAGGGGCACCGCGGCACCGUGGCUUACGUGGGUGCCACCCUGUUUGCCACGGGCAAGUGGGUCGGGGUCAUCCUGGACGAAGCCAAGGGCAAGAACGAUGGCACCGUGCAGGGCAAGAAGUACUUCACCUGCGAGGAGAACCACGGCAUCUUCGUGCGCCAGUCCCAGAUCCAAGUCUUUGAAGAUGGAGCUGAUACAACAUCCCCAGAAACACCAGAAUCAGCUGCCUUGAAAGUCCCCAAACGAGAUUCCCUGGAUGCUUCCAAAGCCAGCAAACUGCGUGGAGCGAAACCCAAGAAGGCCCCGGCGACACGGAAGACCACGGCCCGGCGCCCCAAGCCUACCCGGACCCCCAGCUCGGCAGCGUCGAGCGGCACGGCCGGGCCGUCGGGCUCAGCCUCUGCCUCGGGUGGGGAGAUGAGCAGCAGUGAGCCCAGCACGCCUGCUCAGACACCACUGGUGGCCCCAGUGAUCCCCAGCCCCUCCCUGACCUCACCAGUGGCACCUCCAGUUCCCUCACCCACAAAGGUAAGCUCUGUGGCACCAUCUCCCUGUCUCCAGGAAGGCCAGGAGGAGGAAAAUCUUCGUUCUCAAGUCAGGGACCUGGAGGAGAAACUGGAAACUCUGAAGAUAAAGCGAAAUGAAGACAAAGCAAAGCUUAAAGAGCUUGAGAAGUACAAGAUCCAGCUGGAGCAGGUGCAGGAAUGGAAGAGCAAAAUGCAAGAGCAGCAGGCUGAUCUCCAGAAGCGUUUGAAGGAGGCCAAGAAGGAAGCCAAAGAUGCCUUGGAGGCCAAGGAGCGCUACAUGGAGGAGAUGGCAGACACGGCUGAUGCCAUCGAGAUGGCAACCCUGGACAAGGAGAUGGCAGAAGAGAGAGCAGAGUCCCUGCAGCAGGAGGUGGACUCCCUGAAAGAGAAGGUGGAAUACCUCACCAUGGACCUGGAGAUCCUGAAGCAUGAGAUCGAAGAGAAAGGCUCAGAUGGAGCAGCCUCCAGUUACCAGGUCAAACAGCUGGAAGAGCAGAAUGCAAGACUCAAGGAAGCCCUUGUGAGGAUGAGGGACUUGUCUGCCUCAGAGAAGCAGGAGCAUGUGAAGCUUCAAAAGCAAAUGGAGAAGAAAAACACAGAGCUGGAGUCCCUGAGACAGCAGAGGGAGAAGCUGCAGGAGGAGGUGAAGCAGGCGGAGAAAACGGUCGAUGAGCUGAAGGAGCAGGUGGAUGCUGCUUUGGGUGCUGAAGAGAUGGUGGAAACUCUGACAGAGAGAAACUUGGACCUGGAGGAGAAGGUCCGGGAGCUGCGCGAGACUGUUGGGGACCUGGAAGCCAUGAACGAGAUGAACGACGAGCUGCAGGAGAACGCCCGGGAGACGGAGCUGGAGCUGCGGGAGCAGCUGGACAUGGCCACGGCCAGGGUGCGCCAGGCUGAGAAGCGCGUGGAGGCGGCGCAGGAGACCGUGGCUGACUACCAGCAGACCAUCAAAAAGUACAGAGAGCUCACAGCUCACCUGCAGGAUGUGAACCGAGAGCUCAUGAGUCAGCAAGAAGCCUCUGCCGAGAAGCAGCAGCAGCCUCCCCCCGAGAUGUUUGACUUCAAGAUUAAAUUUGCAGAGACAAAAGCCCAUGCUAAGGCCAUCGAGAUGGAGCUGCGGCAGAUGGAGGUGCAGCAGGCCAACCGCCACCUCUCCCUCCUCACCUCCUUCAUGCCCGACAGCUUCCUGCGCCACGGGGGGGACCACGACUGCGUCCUGGUGCUGCUGCUCAUCCCUCGCCUCAUCUGCAAGGCUGAGCUGAUCAGCAAACAGGCUCAGGAGAAGUUUGAUCUGAACGAGAACUGCGCCGAGCGCAGCGGGCUGCGGGGAGCAGCAGGCGAGCAGCUGAGCUUUGCUGCUGGCCUGGUUUAUUCCCUGAGCCUGCUGCAGGCCACCCUGCACAAAUAUGAACAGGCCCUCAACAAGUGCAGUGUGGAGGUGUACAAGAAGGUGGGGAUGCUGUACCCCGAGAUGAGUGUCCAUGAGCGCUCCCUCGACUUCCUGAUCGAGCUGCUGCACAAGGACCAGCUGGAUGAGACAGUCAAUGUGGAGCCCCUCACCAAAGCCAUCAAGUACUACCAGCACCUGUACAGCAUCCACCUGGCUGACCAGGCUGAAGACUGCACCAUGCAGCUGGCUGACCACAUCAAGUUCACCCAGAGUGCCUUGGACUGCAUGGGGGUGGAGGUGUGCCGGCUGCGAUCCUUCCUGCAGGGUGGGCAGGAGGCAUCUGACCUCGCCAUCCUGCUGAAGGACCUGGAGACCUCCUGCAGUGACAUCAGGCAGUUCUGCAAGAAGAUCAGGCGCCGCAUGCCUGGCACCGACGCUCCGGGGAUCCCCGCGGCGCUGGGCUUUGGGCAGCAGGUGUCGGACACGCUCCUGGACUGCCGCAAGCAUCUGACCUGGGUGGUGGCUGUGCUGCAGGAGGUGGCUGCUGCUGGGGCACAGAUGAUAGCUCCUCUGGCUGAGAACGAGGGGCUGCUGGCUGUGAAGCUGGAGGAUCUGGCCUUCAAAGCGAGCGAGCAGAUCUAUGGUGCUCAGGGCAUCAACCCCUACGAGUGUCUGCGUCAGUCCUGCAGCAUCCUCAUUGCCACCAUGAACAAGAUGGCCACAGCCAUGCAGGAGGGAGAGUAUGAUGCAGACAGGCCACAGACCAAGCCCACCCCACCUGCUGAGCUGCGGGCAGCGGCGCUGCGGGCAGAGAUCACUGAUGCUGAGGGGCUGGGGCUUAAGCUGGAGGACAGGGAGACAGUCAUCAAAGAGCUGAAGAAGUCCCUCAAGAUCAAGGGUGAGGAGCUCAGUGAAGCAAAUGUGAGGCUCAGCCUCCUGGAGAAGAAGCUGGACAGUGCAUCCAAGGAUGCAGAUGAUCGUGUGGAGAAGAUACAGACAAAGCUGGAUGAGACCCAGACGCUGCUCAAAAAGAAAGAGAAGGAGUUUGAGGAGACCAUGGAUGCUCUUCAGGCAGAUAUCGACCAGCUGGAGUCGGAGAAGGUGGAGCUGAAGCAGCGCCUGAACAACCAGUCCAAGAGGACCAUCGAGGGCCUGCGCGGAUCCCCUGCCUCCGGGGUGGCCUCCAUCGUCUCCGGCAUCGCCGGAGGUGCGUAA